GCGCGUUGCGCGGCCAUGGCGAGCCUGCUGCCGCGGCUCCCCGCCGCCCGCCGCCUCCGUCUCCCCCCGCCGCCCCCCGGCCCGGCGGCGGUGCGGCGCGAGAGCUGGGCUCUGCCCGCCGCCCUGGUGCGCCGGGGCGGCCUGGUGGGCGGCCGGUGGGUGGAGACGCCCGCGGCUUUCCCGGUGCGGGACCCGGCCAGCGGCGAGGAGCUGGGCCGGGUGGCCGACUGCGGGGCGGCCGAGGCGAGCGCGGCCGUGCGGGCCGCGCACGAGGCCGGCGCCGCCUGGAGCCGCCUCCCCGCCAAGGAGAGGAGCCUGCGCCUCCGCAGGUGGUACGAGCUGAUGGUGGAGAACAAGGACGACCUGGCGAGGAUCGUGACGGCCGAGAACGGGAAGCCUCUGAAAGAAGCAGAGGGUGAAAUCCUGUAUUCUGCCUCGUUUCUGGAGUGGUUUGCGGAGGAAGCUCGCCGGGUUUAUGGCGAUGUCAUUCCAGCGUCUGCGAAAGACAGAAGAAUCCUGGUGCUGAAGCAGCCAGUAGGAGUGGCAGCCAUUAUAACCCCAUGGAAUUUCCCCAGCGCUAUGAUUACCCGGAAGGUUGGUGCAGCUCUGGCGGCUGGCUGUACGGUGGUUGUGAAACCUGCAGAGGACACACCUUUAUCAGCACUAGCUCUUGGGGAGCUUGCAAACCAGGCUGGAAUUCCAGCAGGAGUAUAUAAUGUUGUUCCUUGUUCCAGACGACAGGCACCAGCUGUAGGGGAAGUUCUGUGCACUGAUCCAUUGGUAGCCAAAAUAUCUUUUACUGGCUCUACAGCAACGGGAAAGGUACUGCUGAAACACGCAGCUGGCACUGUGAAGCGAGUUUCCAUGGAGCUUGGAGGACACGCUCCUUUUAUCGUGUUUGACAGCGCCAAUGUGGACCGUGCUGUUGCAGGAGCCCUUGCUUCCAAGUACAGAAACUCGGGGCAGACCUGUGUUUGCACAAACCGUUUCCUGGUGCAAAAGGGAAUCCACGACAAAUUUGUGGAAAAGUUUGCUGAAGCUAUAGAGAGAGAACUACACGUCGGCAGUGGAUUUGAUGCAAAAACUACACAAGGGCCACUAAUUAAUGAAAAAGCAGUGGAGAAGGUAGAGAGACACAUUCAUGAUGCAGUUUCUCAAGGAGCAUCUGUUGUGACUGGAGGGAAACGACACAGCUUGGGGAAGAAUUUCUUUGAGCCAACAUUACUUAGUAACGUUACAACAAAAAUGCUUUGCACCCAUGAGGAGACAUUUGGCCCUUUAGCACCAGUUAUCAAAUUUGAGACUGAAGCAGAAGCUAUUGCUAUAGCAAAUGCAGCUGACGUGGGUUUAGCAGGCUAUUUCUACUCCCAAGAUCCAGCUCAGAUCUGGAGAGUUGCAGAACAGCUGGAAGUUGGAAUGGUUGGUGUUAAUGAAGGCAUAAUUUCCUCAGUGGAGUGCCCUUUUGGUGGGGUGAAACAGUCUGGCUUAGGGCGAGAAGGUUCAAAAUAUGGCAUCGAUGAGUACUUAGAGAUAAAGUACGUCUGCUUUGGAGGCUUAUAAAAAUCUUCAAAAAGCACAAUCCCAACAGUUUGGAAAAAAAUGCUGUAGUUCUAAUAAGCUUCUUGACCCAGAAAUAUGUACAAAUGCAACUUCUACCUUCUUUAAAACUAAGCAAUGCUGUUCUUCUGUAUGUGUAGAGAUAUGUACAGUAUUCUGUGCUGCCAUGUGUUUUUACUUGUACCUCGCUUAUACAUCCAGUUUUUUCAGCAAUGUGAUCACAAUGUCCAUAAUUUUUAGUAAGGAGUAGAGAAGAACGCCCAUUUAUUAUUCUUGGAUUACCCCCAUGUAAUGAGGAGGUCUUGGAGGCUUCUGCAUAAUGAAAAUAGAUCAUAACCUAUAGCAAGGGGAAACUAGACCACCAUUUUCUACUGCCUCUAAAGUUUAAGUGUAGAUGUGGGAGGAUUUGGAGAUGGCAGUCUCCCUUUAGAAAUUUGUGUAAAUACUCACAUUUUCUAAUGUGGUUAUGUGACCUUCUUUUAGAAGCAGGCACGUCUCUUUUAACGGUGGGAGAAUCUGGUGUGUCUGAACGGUGAGGAAUUGCUUUUAGCCAGAGCUAGGCAUCCAUGCAGGCAAAUGGACAGCUUUUUCAGUGCAUGUUAAUGCUGGCUGCAGAGCUGUCCCCUGGUCAGCUUUGAGCUUCUGAGCAAAGAGCUGUAAUUGAUGCCUAACAGCUUGCAUACCCAGGGUCUUUGAUGUCUGUGAGCCCCAUCAGUCCCGGGAACAAGACAGUCCAGGACAAGGAGUUGCUGGCUUAGUGAGUAGCAGGAGGAAGAUGGGAUGCUUACUUGCACAAGUAACUUGGGGGACACGAUAGGGCUGUGUGAAGGAAGUACAAGUGGUGACAUAAUACAGAUAAACUCCCUCCCAUGAAAAGGAUGUGACUCUCCUUGGGUAGAAGUACAGUCACUGAUGUAAACGUUGCUCAGUGUCUAAAGGAACAUUACUCACCAUCUCCAAAGAACAGGAGCAGGUUGAUGGUUCCAUUCCUACAGGCUUUGUGCCUUGAAUUGGAUUUGUAGUUACAUGGGUGAAUGUCCAUUAGGGAGGAAGGUUUAAAAACCUUUGAACUCAGCUAAUGUGUGACCUAAUAAAGAUUUAAAGAGACAUGAUUAGAGGUGAGACUUCUACACAUCACCUCCCUAUUUUGUCAUCUUCAGAAGAUGAUAUAAAGCUUCCUUAAUAUAAAAUGAACAAUGCUGUUUAAACAUUAUUUUAAUGGCAGUCAAAAGAAGCACUUUAAAAAAUGUGCAAUGUUAAUCUGGCAAAUGUAUCAGCACUGCAGAGGCUAGGGCAAAUUAACCAACACAGGAAACAAAAUUUAUUUUAUUUGGUGGGGCUUUACCCACAAAUUAUUAAAAAUAAGUAAAAGAAGGCAACAAAGAUCUUCUUCCUAUACACUAAUGAAUGUGCCCUAUGAAAUGGGAUAUUUUAAGAUAUUUUAUCCAAUCAGGCAAAGAAGUACCAGGUAACACACAACUUGGGGACAAGGGUGGGUGGGAGAGAAAAAAAGCAAGCCAGAACGAGUUUCAUGGGGCUUUUUUGAAGCGCACGUAAGGUAGCGUUGACUGCUACUUACUAUUUCUUAAAUAUUUUUUAUUAAUAUUUGUGUAACAUUUGAGACCAGGUAGGUCUGGAGCACAUUAUCUGUCAGUAGAGUGUGUGUGUGCAUCACGACAACCGAAGGGUGGUUAAAGGACACUUACUGCCCUGCCAGUAAUUUCCAAUGCGCCAAAAAUACACAUUUAAGAUGGUGAGGAUAUAAUACUGUUAUCAGUUGCAGCAUAUGUGCUUGUUAUCAAGAACACAAAAAAGGAUGGCCUAUUUCUACACUAGUUGCAAGAAACUUUCUUAUAGCAAACUUCUUGGCUUAGGCUGUUGAACGCACAGGUUGCCUGAAUUUGGAGAAUACAGUGGUGUGGAAGAGGAAGCUGCUAGAACGAGUCACUAGGUAGGUCGUAACUUGGUGCCUGGGUACCACAAUACAGUAAUGUAGGUAUUGUACACAGGUAGAAUAUCUGCCACUGAAAUUGCACAGACUUAAAAUAUGUCUUGCCUGUGAACUGCAGUCUAAGGUCAAAAUUAAAGUUAUCUCAUUUAUUCUGUAUGACAGUGCAGUCUUGAAUGUGGGUGUACUUCUUGGGACAGGGCAGGUGGAGUAUAAAUCCUUUAACUUUCUGCUUUAUUCAUUGCAAAGUUAUUGAUCUGAUGCACUUGUGCGUUUAAAAUUAGGGGUGUCUUCUGAGAAUAGCACUGUUAAAAUUAAUGUGUUUACUUUUUUUUCUUACAAAUAAUACCUUUUACUAUGCCUAAUAACAAGCACAACUCCUAACUAAAGAUAAGGUAUGUAAUGAACUUCAAGAAUACCUUUGUCUUGAUUGGAUUGUGGUUGGAUUCCAGCAUAGUAUCCUUGUGUCAGUAAGGUCUCCAUCAGCUAAGCACAGAAUAAUCUUAAAGUUGUCUUUAUAGCAAAAGCUGUGAUUCUUCAACAAAAGAUCUACUUGAAUUUUCACACCUCAGUUAUGUUGAUUACAGUUGUGAUAGUUUAGCAAUUUCUAGAUAUUAAAACUGAUGGAAAAAUGUUUUCAGUUAAUAAAUAAUGUCUGUGAAAGCACUG